AUGGCUUCUUCUAUUGAAACUGGAGGGGCGUGGAGUACCAUGGAAGAUGUUUUGUUGUGUGAGUGUUGGGUCCAAAUUAGUCAUUGUCCCGUCACGGGGUCGACUUGUACAGAAAUGCCAUUGUCUAAUAGGUGGAAACUUUUCAAUAAAGAGUUGGGGAAAUGGAGAGAUGCCUUGGCAAAAGUGAGGGGCAACCAUAGAAGUGGGGAAAAUCUUAGUAAUGAGAUUAUGCAAGCACAAAUGUGGUUUGGUGCUAUUGGGUAA